CGCACGUGUCGCCGCCAUGAGCUGCCCGGUGACGUGCGCCGCCUGGGUGCGCCGCGGCGUUGCCAAGGAGACGCCGGAUAAGGUGCAGCUCAGCCGGGAAGAGCUGAGGCGACUCGUCGGGGAGGCCCGCGGCAGGUUGCGGGAGGGCUCUGAUGGCAGCGAUGAAGAAGAUCAGGGCCAGCCAGCGGAUGGCAUGGAUGUUGCCAUUGCGGACAGGGCUGAGUCGCCUCCUGACAAUGAAGAGCAGGAGGAAAGUGCUGAAAAGCUGACUGAUGAUGAACUGGCCGAGUAUGAUUUAGACAAGUAUGAUGAAGAGGAAGACGGAGGUGAUAGCAAACUUGGAGAGACUUUGGCUGGUCUGGCAGUUUAUGGAAGCAAUGAUCAGGAUCCUUACAUCACUCUGAAAAACACUGAUCAAUAUGAACAGGAGGACUUUCUGAUUAAGCCCAACGACAAUCUUGUCCUUUGUGGCAGGGUCGAUAAAGACUACUGCAGUUUGGAGGUCCAUGUUUAUAAUCACGAAGAAGACUCAUUUUACGUACAUCAUGAUAUCAUCUUGCCUGCUUAUCCUCUGAGUUUGGAGUGGCUAAAUUUUGAUCCCAACCCUGAGGAGUCAUCAGGAAAUUAUGUUGCAGUAGGUAACAUGACCCCAGUUAUUGAUAUCUGGGACCUUGAUAUAGUGGACUGCCUAGAACCUGUCUUUUCUCUCGGGAGCAAGAAAGAGAAAAAGAAGAAAAAGAAAGGGAAGAAAGGUUCACCUCAGGAAGGGGCAAUGGAAGGACAUGCUGAUGCUGUUCUCGAUCUCUCGUGGAAUAAACAAAGCAGGAAUGUUUUAGCAAGUGCUUCUGCUGACAGUACUGUGAUUUUGUGGGAUAUGUCUGUGGGCAAACCAGCAGCCAGCCUGACUCUACACACAGACAAGGUCCAGACGUUGCAGUUUCAUCCCUUUGAAACUCAGACCCUUAUUUCCGGAUCUUACGAUAAGUCAGCUGUGCUGUACGAUUGCAGAAGCCCACAAGAUAACCAUCGAAUCUGGCGGUUUAGUGGUCAGGUUGAAAGAGUAACUUGGAAUCAUUUUUCACCUUGUAAUUUCUUAGCAAGCACAGAGGAUGGCUUUGUGUACUGCUUGGAUGCUCGCUCUGAUAAGCCGCUGUUUACUUUGAAGGCUCAUGACGAAGAAGUAUCAGGGCUACAACUAAGUAGUCAGGUCAAAGGGUGCCUUGUGACAUCAUCUGCUGACAAAUAUGUGAAAAUUUGGGAUAUCCUGGGAGGCAAGCCAAGUUUAAUCCAUUCCAGGGAUAUGAAAAUGGGUGUUCUGUUCUGCGCAGCUUGCUGCCCUGACUUCCCAUUUGUUUUUGCCUUUGGAGGAGAGCGAGAAGGGCUGCGUGUCUGGGAUAUAAGCAGCAUUUCUGCAGUGAAUGAAGUUUUUGGAAACAGAGAGAGACUUGUUCUGGCUGGUGCAAACUCUGUGGCUUGCAGCUCCUUGGCUGGUAGUAGCAGCAACAGUUCAGAGACGGCGAUGGAAUCGUGACGGACCAAACCUCGCAAAAUCAAAGUAACUGAAGGGACUGCAGCUCAGGUGUAUUCUACCAAUUCCCCUGUUUGGAGAGCGUUUGUGAAAGUGACUCGUGUUCAAACUGCAGGCUGCUUUAUCUCAAAGAAACACGGAUACGUGGGUCAGCUCCCAAAUCUGCAGUUGUGAGUUCUGCCUUUCUCACCAGCUUCAAAAGACUGAAUUUCUUCCAUAUGCUUGAAUUUACAAUCCCUGAAUUAGGGGCAGCUGGGUGUAGAGUUGAUAUACAAGACGAAAUCAUAUCCAGAAAAGCAUUCUGCUGCUGUCAGAGGUUUGUCAAAUACUGCAAAGAAGGUAAAUAUCUCCUGAUGGUGUUAAGGAACAAAACUACACAACUGUUGGCUGAAAUGUCAGACAGAUGCUGGGAGAAAUGGCAGCUGUAAAUAGUCGGAUAACUUAUCCUUAAUUUGAGACUGGAUUGACUAAAAUUCUUAUACAGAUUUUAAGCUUUUUCAUAUUUAAGUUUUGUUUUUUUGUUUUUUUUUUUUUAAAUCUUUUAAGAGUAUUUCUUGGGUAGUAUGUCUGAGUCCCUGAAUAGAAUCCUGGAAUGUAUCACUUGAUCACCAAAAAUCAACCCAGAAACAUCUCUGCUCUGUCCCACUGUAACCAAGGGUUUCUUUCCCCUGGUUCCCUUUAAGUCAGUGGUUAGGUUGACACUCAGUUGAUUUAUAAGAGCAGGAACUUCUUUAAGGCUCCUCACAUUUAAAAUGAGCACCAAGUGCCUUACUGUAGGCCAGAAGUUAAAUCUCUUAACUCAUGUGAGGUGCUUCCCUUACCACCUAUUGGAAGGUGGUUAUUAAAGGUGUCUACUAUAAAGCACUAAUGCUGCAAAGCCCCUAAUUAUUAAAACAACUGCUCUCACAGACAGGGGGGUCAGUGCACACAGUUUACAAGCUGUUACGGCUGCUUUCCAAGCUCAAACCACACAGACUUUAAAGAAACCAGGCAAUACAGAGUAGAGAGAGAGGUACAACUGAAAUGAGGCUGUUUAUGGCAAGAAUCUAACAGGGAUAACCAAGCACCUUGUCAGGGAAGAGUUCAGCUCACUGUCCCCCCACUUACAGCAGAGACAAACAAGCCACAAAACCAACCUUCAAGGUUUAGAGACAAGUUGUUAGUCUUCUCUUUAUGGAGGCACUGCUGCCCCUGCCUUGUCCCAGGAAUGCUUGAGACAGGCAGAUGAUGGGGGGAAAAAAGUGCUGGUUGUUUUUUUUUUUUUUCCCAGAAUGCUUAAAUAUUUAAAAAGAACAUUAGAAAAGAGCCACAUUUUUAAUUUUUUUCCAAAAGAAAACAAGUGAAUGAAAUCCAUUUUCAUUCCAUAAAUAGUAUUAGCAGCAAACCCUCCCAUCUCUUUUUAAGUGGUAAAAGGUUUACAGCACACAAGGAUGUACUGUAAACGCUGUCUGAUCACCUGUAAGCUUCUUCCCUACUGGUCUGUACAGUCCUUACUUCUUCACAACAUGCUCUCGUGAAUCUGAGUGAGAGAAGGUAAUAACAAAUAGCCCCUUUUUGGUUUUCUGAACACUGCUGUACUGGGAUAAUUGCUUUAUCUACAACUGUUGAUUCCACUGCCUCCAAACCAAAGCAUUAUUUUUUUUAGAAGGAGCCCUGAGCAUUGACAUUCUUUGCUCUGUGCCAAACCACAUCCUUCAGUUAACAGGUAUUAAAAAGAUAAAUACAACUAACUGCUACCACCA